AUGAUUGUCAAUGAUAUGGAAUGCACCAAAUUGUGUUGAGGAAAUUGAAUUUACCAUGGAAAAUAAAAUUGAGUGACUGAUAAAGUGCUUUGAUUCUGUUCAUUAAUUAAAAUUGAUAGCCAAACCAUCGCGUUUCAUCCAUUCUUUAAUAUGGUUCAUGAGUCAGAGUGCCUUAGAAACGUGUGCCCAGGGAUUGUUUGUUUGUGUUCAUUCGCGUCUCGAUUCCGUCAGUCGUCUUCGCAUAGUGUCAGUCGCAGUCGGUUGGCUCGGGCUCGCCUGGGGUAUCGUUCUCGUCUCGCAUUUUAUUUUCGGCAUUGUUAGUGGCAUAACAUAUUACGAGUGAUAUCAACAAAACAAUGUUAUCGCACUAUAUCUCCUAGAGAUAAUCGAAUUACGAUAGCUACAAUGUGAAGUUAAUGUUACGAUGAAUUUAUGUACUUUUCUAAAAGAUGUAAGACAGUAGACUGGUCAGUGAGAGUGUUUGGUUGUAGAUAUUUUUGUAAAAAUGAGACAUGCAUUCAGUCGAAAUGCAAAAAAGUGUAUCAGUGCAAGUAGAUAGUGAUUUCGCUUUGUUGCUGCCGAGCGGUGUCUACGAAAUAAAAAAAAUGGAGCCAAGAUCGAAGUUACGAAAAGUGAUACUCUUCUGUUUACUACUCUCAUUAUUUGGAAUGGUUGCAUUUGGAUACUUCUGCCCUGACCAGGUGUGCGCACUAUCACCUCGGGAGCGAGUGUCAGAAUCAUUGGCUCUGACGUACGCCGAGGCUCCGGGCCGGCCGCUGCCCGACGUCAUCGCUCAACCGGGGCUCUCCUACGACGAGGUCCUCCACGACGACUUCCGGUUCGAUCUGAACGCUCAUGACGUCAUGGUCUUCUUGCACAUACAGAAAACUGGCGGUACCUCUUUUGGGAAGCAUCUAGUCAUGGAUUUAGACUUGAAGAGACCAUGCAACUGUCAACGAGCUCGUAAACGCUGCCAUUGUUUUCGGCCGCAUAGCAACGAAAUAUGGCUGUUUUCGAGAUACUCUACCGGCUGGAAAUGUGGUCUUCACGCGGACUUCACCGAGCUGACUGCGUGCGUGGGUGGCGAGUUGGACAGGCAUGAGGGCUCCGCUGUGCACCGGCGGUACUUCUAUAUCACACUGCUGCGGGAACCGGUGUCCAGGUACCUCUCGGAGUACAGGCACGUGAAGCGCGGCGCUACGUGGAAAGGCUCCCGGCACUGGUGUCAGGGACGGACGGCUACAGCUACAGAAGUACCAGCGUGUUACUCCGGUGACUCCUGGCGCGGUGUGACGCUUGAAGAGUUCAUGUCUUGUCCCUGGAACUUAGCCAACAACCGGCAGACGCGGAUGUUGGCUGACCUGGCUCUUGUCGGCUGCUACAACGGGACCCUUCGACACAGGACCGCCGAGACAGACAGGGUGCUGCUAGCCUCGGCUAAGAGGAACCUAGCAGCGAUGGCGUACUUCGGACUUACGGAAUAUCAAAAGAUAUCCCAGUACGUGUUCGAGGAAACCUUCAACCUGCUGUUCGCGGUCCCGUUCACGCAGCACAACGCCACCGUGUCGGGCGCCACGCUGGCCGCACUCUCGCCCACUCAGAUCGCGCACAUCAAGCGGCUCAACUCACUCGACUUAGAGCUCUACGAAUUCGCCAAAAAUCUCAUGUUUAAAAGAUUCGAAGCAUUGAAGAAGCGGGAUACUGACUUCGAGUACCGCUGGCGGCACCUGGGCGAGGUGGCGCGCUCCGGCGUCACCGAGUUCGACUGGGACAGCAACCUGGAGGACGCCACCACCGAGAAGGCCCGCGGCAAGUAACGCGCACGACGCCCGCCGCCACGCCCGCGACGCACUAGUCAUACAUAACCACACUAUUGAAUAAAUACAUUAUUUUUAUUCAACAAGCUAUGUAAAUAAUAUUAGAACGCGUUAAGUACAGUACUCAGAGCGAUAGCGCGCGACGAAAUCGAUUUCCGCGCGGAACAAAUGAGUUUAUUUAAUUUUAUUCAUAGUCGUGCAUUUAUAAAGAUAUUCUACAAAAUCCUAGAAUGUUAUUAUAUUUUUUUUACAUAUUUCGGCAGCUGUUAUGUAUUUUAUAUUUGAUUUGUAAAAUGCGCUCUCAAUCCAUCCCUUAUAGUUAUUGAACUAAACAUACAAUAUAUUAUAAAUAUAUCUGUAGUAGGUAUGUAAUGUUGAACUAUAUUGUUGAAUGAAUGUUGACGUUUGAUAGAUACAGGGUAGGUAAUGCAUCUAGGUUGAACCCAACGAAGUGUAGCCUUUAGUGUAAUUGUUACAAGUAAUUCCAGAGAACAACGUCGAAAGUUUGACUGCGAAGGGAGAAGUACGGAUGCCAAGUUUCAGACUAACUACAGCUCUAUUUUAUAAAGCCAUCGACAUGUGCUUUCUUAACGGAUUCUCGAGUGUAUAGAAAUGUAAAAUGAAUUUCGCAAACUUGGGGUACUAUUUCAUUCUUUCGUGGAGGACUUUUGAAUGGGGCCGCGAGGUAAGCAGUCGACAGUGGGAUCGUGUGCGACGACCGAAUAUAUUCCCGACUCAGCUUUUCUCAUUUAUAUAGAGAACAGGAUGCGGUCAAUUGCGAUUGUUUGUGAUUGAAUCGAAACGGGUGAUUGAUCGUGUCGACUACACUGCGGGAGAUUCCACGGGACGUGACCCCGAUCGCGCGUACUAUUGUGAUUACCCACCAAUUUAAUCAAUGAUCGAGUAUAACUGCGUUCCGAACUAGACCACUGUUUACUUCGCAGUCUUUUCCUAUCAAACAAAAGUUAUCGAAUCGAAUUGCUCAGGUUACCUCGAGCGCGGAAUAAUUUAUCGAAUCAUAAUCGAGCAAAUGUAUCGAUAUUCGUUGAUGGAACAAUGCCGCGGUGCUCUCGAUCGCUGCCGCCGCGCCGUAUUAUGAAUGGCCCGGGAGCGUAUCGCAUCGUAACAAGCCGGUAAUAUUUUAUUUUGCUUUCUGUACUAUCGUGGGUGUAUCGCUACUAUAUCGCAGUGACGUCGACACCAGACCCAACAAAGAGAAUACGCGUAUUAAUAUGUAACGUACAGUCGGGUGCAGACAAAGGGAUGUAUGUCAGAUAUAAUGUUACGUGCGCCAUUCCUCAGGUUAUUGUUGAUAUCUGAAGUGCACUCAGCUUUGUGGAGCGUCCGUAUUUAUAGUUGCAAAUAUUAACUGUACCUAGAAUCUAUCGUAAAGCAGGAAGUAUGUAAGCAUUCGUUCACAAGUUUCAUUUCAAGUCGGGCCUUUUCUACUGUUUUUUUUUAAUAAUUGGUUCAUUAUAAAAAUUCUCAUUUAAAAAUUUGACCAAAGAACAAAAAUGAGUGCUAUGUAUGUUUGUUCUCAUAACUAAGUUUCGUUAAGUUUAACUUUAGAGUCCGAUUUGGCACUAGUUUUUUAAAUGGAAAUAAAAUGAACAAAAAAUUAAAAACUUGCAUGCUUAUUAGUAAGAAUUAUUAGAUAAAUAUUUAAUGAGACUAGUGCCAUUUUGAGACUAUUUACAAUUAAGUGAAUCAAAUAGACAGCUGUAAAUAAAACAAUUGUGUUCCAGGUGUUGUUUAUAAUAGUUAGUUAUACCAAACUUUGUAUACAGCCUUUCAUUGAAAAGCUCGGAACUUUUUAUAUUAUUUUUAUAUUUAUAUUUAGUAAGUCUUAUUUUAAAUAGUCUGAUUUUUUGGCAGCAUUAUUUCGUAUCUCAAUCCUGUUAAGCGAAAAUGAAAUACAGGAAUUAUUGAAUUCCCCAAAACAGCUCCAGUUUUUAAAAUACUGUGUGAACAUGGAAUACAUCGGUAGUCGUUUGUUUUUCCAUGUGAAAACAUAACAUGACAUUUUUACAAUGGAUGGCAGAAAUAACAGGGAACUAUUUUUACAUUGCAAUAACACAAUGGGCCGUUCGAGUCACAGCUAGCGACAGAAAACGAACAAAAACGUAAAAAGGUUUCUGUUAUUUUACACGGACUCAAUGUACCUAAUGUAUUGGUAUCGAAAUAUACCAUUGAAACUGUAAUAGCGAAAGUACACUGCAACAAACAAGUCUAUGCCGUCUGUUUGCGAUUAUUCUUAGUGCGAGUGCAUUUCGUAUUCCGUCAAGAGCACUCCAUUCUCAGUCGUACUCCCUUGCGAUAGAGUUCACAAUGAAACCAGUGUUUACUCUUUGAAGUGUAAGGGAAUUGUGUAUGAAAACGAUUUUUGUUUUUAAACUAUUUGAAACAGUCUGUAUCGGGUCGCGGCAACUUUGAAUACUUUUUUUAAAUAAAUAUUUGUUGUAGCUUGUCAGCUGUUUUCAGAAAUAUGUUGUAGCCUUUUUCUAUAUUCCAUAUUUUUUGCAUUUAAAUCACAGAUUUUGUUAACUUAACUGCCAGAGAAACAGUGCAAUCGAUAUAUUUAUUUGGGAUAUUUUGUUUUGUAUUUUUUAUACCUAUAAAAAUAUAUUUUUAUUAAAUGGCAAUUGAAAUGUGCAUGUUUGUAGAUUGUAGUUACAAUAUGGAGUUGUAUAAAUGUAACCAGUUUAAAUUAUUCGUAUAUUACAAAUGGUGCGAAUUAUCUGUAGGCGUGUAUAUAAUUUGUAAUGUGGAUAUGUUUUGAGGCCGGUCAGUGGACGCGCGCUCGAGUCGCCGGCUCUUGACAAUAACGUUUAUAGGUCGCUUCAGUUAGCCGGUACCGAGAUGUACUGAGCGAUGUAGCGAGGAUGCAUGGAUACUGUUUACUUUAAAUACGUAGACAAAAAGACAUUUUACGAAUUACUUUUUGUACAAUCGGUGACAGAACGGAUUACCUGAUCAAAAUGUUGAACAAAUAUAAACUCUAUAAACGUGCUGCCACCGACUGUACAUAUUAUUUAUCUCAUUAAUUUGGGAGCUGUCUCACAAUCGAUGUUACUCUCAUAAUUAGUUUAUCGAAUUAGUGCUAAGUAUCGAUAAAUGUAUGUAUAUUUUUCUGUGUGUAAAAUAACGCUAAGCCCUGUGAUAUAAAAAUGAUUGCACCCAAUGUUUUGCAGUAAAAUCCUUAUUGAAAUUUGAAAAGCAUUUUAAUUUUGAAUUUGCCUUUAUAUUUGUUAUGCUUCACUUGUAUAUAUUAAAUUGAUUGUUUAAAUUGGUCUAAGUGACGUGGAUAACUUAUAAACGAUGGGUGCAUAAGCCAUAAGAUAAGUUAGCCAUAAACACGUAAACUUUUGUGGUGACAUGAUAUUGAACUAUGCGCUGAGAACAUUCAACAGAAACGUCUUUUUAGAUAUUUUUUUUAAAGUGUUUUCAAAAUAUCAUUGCAUUUAAUGAAAUUUAGAUUAAAAUACAGAGUGUUUGAUUUUGGAAAGUUUUUUUUUUACAUUAGGUUGUGAUGUUUUGAGUUGUAUAUUUCAAAGUUUUUGUUAAAUGUUCUCCAGCGCUGUACAUACCUAGUAGUUAUCUAUGAUCAUGUACCUACAGCACACCACCGGUACGCGUUGUCUAGUACCAAAACUUAGCGUUUAGUUGUUUUUUAAGUUCCAGACUGAACCAAAAUAUAGUACUUUAUAUUGUGUUAACGAUCACCGAGUAAUAAAAACAAGCGAAACUA